CUGGUUGUGUGUGCCACACCGACGGUUGACUGUGUCCCACGUUGUGUUAUAGAUGGCAAAGACAUACAGUGUUGAAGAUGUUCUGAAAAUGAUCACGGAUGGGAAUUCAAGUGACAUCGAGCAGCUAGGGGAGGAUGAGGAUGAGGAAUGGACUCCUGCAAGGAUUGAGGAACACCCAGAUAGCAGAGAUGAUGAAGAAGAGGAAAACCCAGAUAAGGAUAAUGAUGAAGAAGCACCAGAAAUCCCAAAGGACAAAACAUCAAAGCAGUCAGGAAAGAGCAAAGUGGAAAGGAAGGAGUAUCGCUGGAAAAAAAAAGAGUUUGAAGCCCCGUCUGUUGAGUUUGUGGAACCUGUUGAAGAAGACUCUGAAGAGAGGCUUGACUGGACACCAUGUCAGUACUUCAAAGAUUUUGUGACAGAGGACAUGCUACAAGAAAUUGCAGAAGAAACAAACUUGUACAGUGUGCAGAAAAAUGGAAAGUCGGUUCACACAAAUGCCCAAGAAAUCGAGCAACUUCUGGGUAUGUAUAUGCACAUGGGGUUAGUACAGAUGCCCAACGUACGAGCUUACUGGGAGAUGGCGACAAGGCACCCCCCAGUUUGUGAUGUGAUGUCAAGGGGUCGAUUCCAGAAUUUGCUGACAGUGAUUCACUUUCAGAAUAACCUCAGUGUGUCUGAGGAUGCAAAACAAGAUAAAGUGUGGAAACUCAGGCCAUGGUUGGAGAAACUACGCCAACGCUUUCUUCGCAUACCACCUGAAGAAUGUCACGCUGUUGACAAAAUCAUGGUGCCUUUCAAAGGAAAAUCACAUCUACGGUGCUACAUGCCCGGAAAACCUCACAAGUGGGGGUUCAAGAUGUGGGGACGUGGUGGGCAAAGUGGCUAUCUAUAUGACUUUGAUGUGUGCCAAGGGGGAGGAAAUCUUGACCAAGAGAAAUCUGAUGUUGGUGCUGCAGAUGUUGUCCUGAAAAUGACCUCAACCCUUCCAGCAGGAAAGAAUCACAAAGUUUUUGCUGACAAUUUCUUUACGUCAGUUCCAUUGGUAGAGCACUUGAAACAAAGAGGAAUCUACUACGUAGGCACAGUCCGAACGAACAGGGUGAAGAAUUGCCAACUGAUGGAUGAGAAAGAACUGAAGAAAAAGGGAAGAGGGUCACUGGAUUUCAGAGUAAACCAGGAAAACAACAUCAUUGUGAGAUGGUCUGACAACAAAGCUGUGAACCUGCUCUCUUCUUUUGUUGGUGUUGAACCUCUGGGCAGUGUGAAGCGUUGGGAUCGAAAAGCCAAAACCCACAUAAUGGUUCCCAGACCGGCCAUUGUUGACACUUACAACAGGUUCAUGGGAGGCAUUGACCUUCUAGAUAUGCUUUCUGCUCUGUACAAGUUCAGCUUCAGAUCCCGAAGAUGGUACAUCUACAUUUGGUGGCACACCAUCACAGUGGCAGUAAUCAAUGCAUGGAUCCGCUACAGAAGAGACCUGGAGAAACUGCAUCCCAGGCAGAAACACCUGCCCCUGCGAAGGUUUCAGGCCUCUGUUGCCACUGCCCUCACAAGUGCACGAAAGGUCAAAAAGCGUGGCAGACCUUUGUCCUCUCCGGAAGCAACGCCAGCCCCUCCUAGGAGGAGGAAAACCACUGAGUUGCCCCCUGAUGUGAGAAAGGACGGCCUCAAUCAUUUCCCAACAUGGGAAACCCGACAGAGAUGCAAGCACUGUGUGGGCCACUUUUCCUAUGUGUUCUGUGAGAAUGCAGAGUGCAUCUUUGUCUGA